UUUGGGGGGCACAGAUGUAUCAUUUGCUUCUCAUAUCAGGCGAACCGCAUAGUAAGAGCCCUUAUAAAGCUUCUUAUUGUGUUCAUGCGUUUUAUUGUUGCUGUCUCUUGACUCAAGCUAUCAUUCUUGAAGCUAGACAGACUUCACAGUCUCUGCAGAACCUCAAGAUGCUACUGAAUCUCGUUAUCAGCUGUUUGGUUUCGUUUCUUAUUUUCAAGCUCGUCGUGGUCGUCACGACCCUGAGAAAGGACGUCGCAACCGCGAAAGCCGCAUCCGUCCCGGUGCUGGUGCGAUGGAUAUCUCCAAACACCGUCUUCUGGCUCGUCUUCGGUGACUUCAUUGUCAGUACAUCUUACCGCCUUGGCCUUCGCGAUUGGCACUUUCAACGUUUCUACCCAGCGUGGGAAUUGAAUGAGCGUUACAAGAUACACUCUGAAUUAGGCGACGCGUUCUACUGCAUCGCCCCUGGGGAAUGCCGUCUCUAUCUCGCCGACCAUGACGCUUGCAUUGACGUCUUGAAACGACCAAACGACUUCGGGCGCGACGUGAAAAAGAUGUCUAUGCUGAAUCUAUACGGACGGCACAUUGUCACUGCAGAAGGAGCCGAAUGGAGAAGAUUCAAGAAGGCAGCCAGCAGCGCUUUUGCGGAUAUCAAUGAGUUGGUUUGGCGACAGACACUUUCACAGACAGACGAUAUGCUUGCUUCUUGGAACAAAGGCGGUCUUGUAAAGACAACCGUAGUCGACUGCAAAACUUUUGCGCUAAACGUGCUAGCGGGGAGUCUAUUUUCAAUCUCAUAUCCGUUUGAAGAAGGAGCGAAAGUUUCAUCACAGGAUCUGGAUGGGGAAAAGUCUUCUGCUAAUCGCUACAGAGACUCACUGCUCACCGUUACACGCAAUCUAUUCCCCAUUCUGGUCUUCGGUGGCUCGGCGCUGAGAUCAAGUUUCUCACCCAAGAAAUUCCAACGUAUAGGGGUUGCAGUGGAAGAAUUUCGGUCCUACGUCAAAGAGCUUGUCGCGAAGGAGAGACUGAAAAUCCAGCAAAAUCAUUCCUCGCGACAAGGCCUCAUUGCGAAUCUUACGAGAGUCUGCGAAGACCAGACCCACGGAGCUGAGGAGAACGCCGCCACACAAGCCAAGUUCACCAUGACGGAAAAUGAUAUUGUGAGCAAUACAUUCAUGUACACCCUUGGUGGGACCGACACCUCAGCUGCUUCCUUGUCGAACGCUAUAGUGCACUUGUCAGCACAUCCUAGCCUACAGGACUGGCUUGCUGAGGAGAUCCAGUAUUAUCUGAAAAGUGGAAACCCUGAGGAUUGGAGCUUGGAUAACUUUGCGAAACUCAAAAGGUGCCGGGCAGUGUUGAACGAGACGCUCCGUAUCUGCCACCCCAUUGGCAAGAUCUUCAAAACAACCAACAGCGCACAAACGCUGACCAUAAAGUCUCAGACCAUCGAAGUCCCACCCAACACAGCCAUUGUCCUAAAUCUCGCCGGGCUACACACCAACCCCGAGAUAUGGGGGGAAGACGCCCAUAUCUGGGACCCAACUCGCUGGAUCCACGUCGAAAGUAACACCGAACCUGGUAUAGAAAGCGAGAUCUUACUUCCUGACACCACAAGGGGUUUUCUCGGCUGGGGUUUAGGACAACGAAUUUGCCCCGGCAAAAGAUACUCGCAAGUAGAACUAGUUGCAGCCAUUGCGCUUAUAUUCCGCGAAUCCCGCGUUUCCUUUGUACCCGACCCUGACGAGACCGAAUCAGAGGCGCGGUUACGAAUGAUUACCAUGGCACAGGAUAUGGCGUUCAGGAUGACACACGAGAUUAGGAACGGCGAUAAAAUCCAGCUUCGGUGGAAGACUGUGGAACAUGACUUGGCGACGCUGUAA